AUGGCAACACAACAGGACGCGGGCGGUGUUCCCUUCUCCAUAGCACACGAGCUGCAGCAUUUCCGCCUGCUCGAGCUCCCACCAGAACUCGUCGAGGCCAUGGAUGCGCCAACCCCCCCACAGCUUUCCAUUAAAUCGCUGGCUCCCUCCGCCGCCUCUGGUACGCCGAAUGCGCAGCCUGCAUAUGCAGUGCUUUGUACGCCGAGCAAAACUUUCCAGCUACGCCAGGUCCAGACGUCAAACUCGCUCUUCAUCACCCAGCCCGCGCUCGACUCCCAUGGCAACGGGAUCCCGAUCCCUGUUACAUGUGCAAUUGCAGCGUGCACUGCAACGCUCGAACUCCAUCCAUCGGCUGCCGCUGCUGUCACACUGUUGAAGGAGGCGCUGCCCGUGUAUGAUAUCGUUGCAGGCGACGUCGAGGCAACCGGCAAUGGCAGGCCCAAGGCUAGCAUAUUCGACGACGUCCCAAUGUCGAGCGGAGAGUGUCAGUCAGCAUGGCUGGAGCUAAUGGCAUUCGAGUUUGAAGAGAGCUCCUACCAGCCAUCUACAAACGCCCUUUCGCAGGUGUGGAGGUCCAUCAAUGCCGCUGCUCUGGCCGAAGGCGUCAAACUCGACAGCCAAUUCCUGACCCACGACAUCACGGGAGCCGUGGCUGAAGAAGGCCACCCCCCAGGACUUGUUGAAGCUGUUCUUGCACACCUGUCUACUGAAGAUUCAGACAGCAAUGGACCGUGGUCCUGUCUUGACCGUGCCAAGACAGUCAUAUUCGCUGGCAAAACCCUCCUCGAAGCCAAGCGUGGCAACGACUUCCUCAUCGCCGACUUCACCGACACAUGGGAGGACCGACUGCCAGAAGCAUGGCGGAAAGACGCGCAAUUGAGUGCAAUUGAAGGCGUGUACGAGUUCCCGUCAGAAACGACUAUUAGUGUAAAGGGCAAGGUCGCAGCAAGCACAAAAGGUAAUAGCACAGCUGCUCCCAUGAAGCCAUCCGCGCGAAAAUGGCACGAAAAGUUUGGCAAAACCAGGAAUAAGUAA